GUGAGUUAUCAACACAGCGCGUGAGCUGUAACGGAGUGUGUCUGGAGGAAAAGCUGCUGUAAACAUGUCUAAAGUCCAAACGCUGAGAGCUUUUGUCCAGCAGCGACUAAGUGCGGCUGCUGAAGAGAUAUUUGAGCUGUUUGAAAGAACGAUAGCAGAGUACGAGGAGGAACUUUGUGGACAACGCAAACUACUGGACGCUGUUUUCAAGCCUGAAGUCCGGUUACACAGAGCAGGCAAGCUGAAAGCAGUGGUUCCUCUUGAGCAGCAGGAGUGGAGCCCCAGUCUGGACCAGGAGGACCCACCAGAGACUCCACACAAUAAGGAGGGGUGCAGUCCGAGUCUGGACCAGGAGGACCCACAAGAGCACAUACAUAUUAACGAGGAGUGGAGCCCCAGUCUGAACCAGGAGGACCCACCAGAGCCCCCACACAUUAAAGAGGAACAGGAGGAACUCUGGACCUGUCAGGAGGGAGAGCAGCUUCGAGGGCUGGAAGAGGCUGAUAUCACCAGGUUCACAUUCACUCGUGUUGUGAAGAGCGAAGAAGAUGAUGAAGAAGAGAAACCUCAGUCCUCACAGCUUCAUCAAAGACUCACUGAUCAAAUGGAAACAGAAGCUGAUGGAGAGGACUGUGGAGGACCAGAACCAGCCAGGAACUCAGAUCUAUAUAGACCUUCACGACCAGCUACUCAGGAAAAGACGUCUCACCCCUCUGAACCUGAGACUGAUAACAGUUGUGAUUUGGAAGAAACCAGGGAACCUCAGUCAGGUUCCAACCUUCUGAAAUAUAACAGUAGAUGUAACACUGGUGAGAAACUGUUUAGCUGCUCUGAGUGUGGUAAACCAUUUCGCUAUAACUCAAAGCUAAAGAGACACAUGAGAAUUCAUACAGGAGAGAAACCUUUCAGUUGUUCUGUAUGUGGUAGACGAUUUGCACAAAGUUCAAAUUUGACCUCACACUUGAGAGUUCAUACAGGAGAAAAACCUUUCACAUGCUCAGUUUGUAAAGCAAGUUUCAGUCUCAGACGCAAUUUGUCCACCCACAUGAGAAUACAUACUGUGGAGAAACCGUUCAUUAGUUCAGUAUGUGGUAAAACAUUUGCACAAAAGGUAUAUCUGAGACAACACUUGGGUGUCCACACAGAGGGAAAACCCUUCAGUUAUUUUGUCUGUGGUACAAGAUCCACUCAAAGCUCAACUUUGACCUCACACUUAAGAGUUCAUACAGGAGACAAACCGUUCAGCUGCUCAGUCUGUAAAGCAAGUUUCAGUCGCAGAAGUAAUUUGUCCACACACAUGAGAAUGCAUACUGGGGAGAAGCCCUUUUGUUGUUCAGUAUGUGGUAAAGCAUUUACACGAAGUGCAACUCUGAGAGAACACUUGACUGUCCACAUGGGAGAGAAACCCUUUAGUUGCAGCAAUUGCGAUAAACGAUUCUCUCUGCGCCGUUAUUUCAAAAAGCACAAGUGUGCUGGUGAGAGCAGCAGACGUAAAUGAAGCACGGGUUCAGAUUUUUCAAGCCUGUAAUUUGGAAGAAGCAAGUAAGUAGAUGGCGAUAACUUGCUGUUAACAAAGAGGUUUCUCUGCAGCUCCUUCUAGUCUGUCAAGUUUUCUUUUCAUCAAAUCUUCCAGUGAAUAAAGAACAUUUUUACUUGUUUCAGGUGUUGUCUAAAAUCAAGUGUUAUUUUUCUUGAUUUCUCUUCAUUUAUGAUGUGAAUCUAGAAAGAGGACAGACUGAUGCUGAUUGAUGUCUGAGUUUCUCAUUCUUUUUAACCAUCACUCAGUAUUUUGAAUGCCAGAUAUUGAGUCUAUAUAGUGACUGUGCUGCUGUAAACUUUACUGCUGUUGUGGAAGCAGCGUUGUGUUAAACUUUGAAAAAUGAAAUUCUAAUCGUGAAUUUAAAAA